ACAGUAACCAGUAACCAUGGAGGGUUUUCAAAAAUUCAGCGUCUUUCUGCUCUUCAUGAUAAUGUCAACGUUCACCAGAGUAUUCUGUAAGUCUUGCACGAACGCAAUUGGAAGCCUAGCGAGUGUUAUGCCAAAGCAAACUGACCAAUUUUAUUUCCAGAUGGAAAUGACAGAUGUGAAAGCAAAAAGUAGUAUGCAAUUGCUAGAAUAUUAUGAUGGCAAAACAAAUCAAGGCUUAAUGGACUUGCAAGGUGCUGACAGAACCAUAGUUUACUACAAUCUGGCAACUCAUAAAACUAGAACAGUUUUACCUAACAAAGGAAAAUGUUCCGUGUCAAACAUAUCGGAAAGCAUAUAUAAUGCAAUACCUAGGCUCAAUUCCCGUUCCAUUUCUGGAGUAGCUGCUUUAUUCUUCAAAUCAUCAGAUCUAGACGAACAAUGUCUGGGCAUAACACAAAUUCGAGGCAUCUGGUGUUAUCACUGGAAGUUAACAAUGAAAGAUGACAGUGUCUCUUUUGAAAUGGACUGGUAUUUCUCAGCUCCUAUGUGGAGUACUGCCACACAAGAAAACAGUGUACCUGUGAGAUACAUGGUUAAGGGAUCCACGAAGGGAAACCAAGAAGACUUUCAGAGUUAUUACGACUUUUUUCAAUUUCGUAAAAAUCUUGACGGUCUUGGACAAAUCUUUGAGACGACACCAGGAAUUGCAUGCUAUGAAAAAACACAGACGAAAAAGAUGCCCAAAAUACCAGAUGUCUUCUCAGCUUACCUAGAAUAUUACGACGAAGAGAUGGGAACAUUAAUAUCUUUGAAGGAAAACUUUGACAGAAACUUUCGACUUUCCAUGAUCACUUAUGCUAAUCCUGUCACCAAAUCCGAAGACAAUCAGGCAAAUAUUGUCAUCAAUGAUUUCAACGAAGAUGUAGCAUACAACAUCAAUAGUGAAAAGGGUGACUGUAGACUAACAGAAGUCUCCAAAGAUUUAGCCGAUAAAAAGAAGAGCCGACAGUUGACCAUGGUGAAUUCUAAACAAUUCUUCGGCUUGAGAAAUGGAAAUUUCACAUACCAAGGCGUUAGAAAGGUUCGCGAUAUCGAUUGUGACGUGUGGGUUGGUAAAGUUUCUGACGAACAUUUGAAGGAUUAUGUCACCGAAAUUUACUUCUCAACAAUAAACGAAUUAGAUAACGGCAUAAAAACGAGAGGCCAGCUUGUUGGAUUUUCAGCGUUUAUGUCAGAUGAGAAUAAAUGGCAGGCCGAAUCCUUUCUUGAUAUGUUUGGAUUCAGUGAAGAGGAACCCAGUUUUGAAAAUUAUGAUGUUAGUUCUUGUUUCAAAAAACAGAUGAUGCCUGUUACUCUAUGGAUUGAAGAUCAAUACAAACUAAUAAUAAACUUAAAUACAGCUCAGUUUAAACUUCGCCUAAGUACUGCUUUAAUUUCAAUAAUGAAAAUAUCUCCAUUGAGAAUCCAGAAACUUCAGCUUUUAGACGCAGAGAAUGGCUACAUAAUUCAGUUUAGUGUCACUGAACAAGUCAAUUUUAAUGGAGGAAAACGAAAACGAACAUCGUUAAUCGACGCUCUGAAACUACUGUCUACUACUCUUGAGAAAAAAGAACUCAAAGUUAAACUAGGCUCUCAAUAUGAGUCUCAGCUAACUACUAUACCGAUACAAGGCUAUCUUAACAUAACUAUUACCAAACCAUUAAGUUAUGGUCAAGGUUCCAUGGCUGCUUUAGGAACAUGUAUGACAAGUCUAGGUUUCUUAAUGGUGCUCCUGGUUGUGAAGUUAACGAAUAGAGGCUAAAAAGAAAAAAAAAAUAGUAAUAAUAAAAUGAACUUCCACAGUUAUUGGAAAUAUUUUUCAAUAAAAACUGUGCUUUAUGUAAAUGGUGCAAUAAUUAAUGGGGAAGUGAAAAUGAGUUUAAAACAUGAAUACCGACAAGAAAUUUUACAUCCGUUAAAGCGUUUAAACUAAAAUAUCGAAAUAAUAUUUUAACUAAAUAAAAUACUUUAUAUAAUAUCA